UUUCCUUUUCUAUUGCACCCUUCCCCGCGGAGCCGCUGCUUUCUGCGGGGAUUGUCCUGCUUCUGGCCCUUGUCUCCGUUGGCAGGGUGACAGUAUUCGAGUGUGCAAACUUGUGCUAUUGUCCCCCGGCCAGAAGGAGCCAUGGAGACCCACUGAUAUGACACAGGAAAGUGUUUGCUGAUGGCAAUUCUAUGGGCUUUGUCUAACUCUUUCUCUUUCACGACGACUCGAUUUAAGUCUCCGAAUGUUUGACUACAAAUGCGAGAGUGCUAUCCGGCUCCUCCGCCUUUGUCCCGCGAGGUUUGAAUGAGUAAUUCAGCUUUUGUGUGGCUCGAUUGAGGGGGCAAACAGAAAGACAAGAUUCUUGAGCGCUCAAGCCCCCUUUCCAUGGUUAUGCGCACAUCUCCUCAGCACCUCCUCCUCCUCCGAACCCGCUCCUGACAUCCCUGUAAGGUGAAGAGCGCCGCUUCAGAUCGGGACGGCUUCAGGGCCGCGGGGCCCUCGCGCCAAACUCCAUCGAAUCACAAACAGAGUGCGGCGAGCGCGGGGACGAUCAGGCCACCGUCUCCACAAAGAAAUAUUGCAUCUGCUCGCUAUUUUCCCUCGGGGAUUUCCAUGACAACAAUUUGGGGUGGCAAAGAAUCCGACACCGGGAUCUCGGUGGCUCAUUGGGGUGCAUUGUGAGGAGAGUGAGGUCGCUGAUUGGCUCAGGAAAGCACCAUAACUACACCGAGUCUAUAGUCAUUCAGCUUCUUUGAGUGCUUGGGCUAUUACAGAGGCCAGGCGAGCUGGACCUCACUCUGCCAGGGCUGAUGCGAAGCUGGGGUCAUUACUGCGGCUGUUGGACUCUAGAGCUGGAGGUCAGAGCUUCACAGGAGUGAGGAUGUGCUGCUGAGGUCUGCAUGAUGAGCUCCGACAGCGAGGUGAAAACGCUCCUGAACUUCGUCAAUCUGGCGUCGAGCGACAUCAAGGCGGCGCUGGAUCGAUCCGCGCCCUGCAGGCGCUCCGUGGACCACCGCAAAUACCUGCAGAAGCAGCUCAAGCGCUUCUCGCACCGCUACGCCAAGAUGCCCCGCUGCCAUCCGCACAGAAACGGCGACUCGGCGCUCGCUAAACUCUCCGAGGAGAAAGCGCCGCACGGGACCGGGACCGGGAGAGACGUGAGCGCCGGCUCGGAGGAGGAAGCGCGGUCGGGACAGGGACAGGGACAGGGACACGGACAGAUCCCGAUGCCGAUGCGCAAGCGGCAGCUCCCGGCGUCCUUCUGGAAGGAGCCGCAGUCCUCAUCCGGGAGCCGCGAGCGUCUGGAGCGCUUCCUUAAAAACAACGCGAGCGCGACCGGACGCGUCAGAUCGCCCGCGGUGAAUGGCGAGAAAAGCAAGGUGGUUUUUGAUGACUCGAAAGCGAACCCGCUGCUGUCCGGUAGCGCGGCGUGCGCAUGCGCGUGCUGCACGCUCCCGUACCGCGCGCUCCACAGCCGCUUUCUGCUGCCUCACGCGGACGCGCCUUUCAGGAGCCGCGCCGAGCCCGCGCACAGCUUCGGCGACGGACAGCAGCGCUCCGGCGCGCAUGUAGUGAUCAAACCGAUCCCCACGAAGCCUGCGCUCUCCUCCUCCUCCGCGUUCAGCGUGUUCGGAUUCUAACAACAUUAGUCACUUCAGCGAACUCCUCUCUGUUUUAACCGAUUACUGCGAACACUGCCUCUAAGCACUUACAGUACAGAUGUAGCAAGAAUAGAGUUCUUGUGUGAGCACAGCCUUUCAGUAGUUUGCACAAACACUCUUCUCUGGACAGCAGACGACUUUCUGUGGUGCAUUUGUGUGACUGAUCAUUUCUGUUACAGCUCAAACAUUCCUGAUACAGCAUCAUUCACUGUGAGCUAGAGAUUAUUUAUUA